AUGACGAUGCCAGAAGGGCUUUUUGCUCUUCCCAAACAUUUUCCACUUUGUGAUGCUACCAGAAAAUCACUGACUAGGGCUCAACCACCUUCUAAAAUCACUUACGCAGAUAAUCAUAUUAAAAAGUAUCUCAAUGACAUUGAGAAAACGCUGAUAGAGACAGUCUCCGUCAAGUUAGAAUUAGCCACAAACAAGUUUGAGCUCGAUCUCAUCGAUAAGACAGAAUAUGAAGGUACCAGAGAGAGAAUUCUGAACUCACUUAUUGAUGGCGAUUGGAUUGGGAAUAUAUAUGAAUCAUUUGCCUCAUAUGCAGAUGCCUCUGAUGCAUACACACUGAUGCUAACAGAGGUUGCAGGAACUAUGGACAAUGAACUAAGCGUUGAUAAUCUACAAGAGUACGUUUCCAGUGAAAGAAAGGAACUCGCCGAGAACGGACGUUCGUCUCAGAUGUCGAUAUCCCAGUCACUCCAAGAUCAUCAAAAAAUAACAAAAUUGGCAUCUGCUGAAACACUGAAAGACGAAAUCCAAAAGCAUGUUUUGAGAUUGAAGCAGAUUAUUUUUGUAUCAAUUUAUCCAGAGCGACCUAUUCCAUCCAGAUUGGAGGUUAACAACCUUAACGAGGAGAACAACGACGAGGACGGGGAUUUACAAGUCGAUGGUGGUAAAGUCAAUCUGACAUGUCCAAUUUCAAGAGAAUUAUUUAAAAAGCCUUACAAGAGUUUAAACUGUUCGCACACUUACGACUUGGAUGCUUUACAGAUUUACCUACGAAGUUCCCAUGAAUGCCCUGAAUGUGGAGCAGGUAUUGGGAGCAGGUCUAUAGAACCUGACAUUAUCAUGUCUACCAGAGUCAAAUGUUAUUUGCGGGAUAAAGAAAUUACGCAGAGAAUAAAGGGCAAAACAGAUAACGAGGUCGAUAGAUUAUAG